GUGGGUCGUUCCUCCUCCGCCCAGACCUCGCUGCUCUGGUCCCCCUCCUGAACCGGAAUGCCCUCCGACAUGGCCCGGAUUCUGUUGCUGAUCUUUAUCACAGUCCAUCCAGGAUCCUGUGCUCUCUGGGUGUCCCAACCUCCUGAGAUUCAUACCCGGGAGGGUGCCACUGCCCUCCUGCCUUGCUCCUUCAAUGCCAGCCAAGGGAGACCGGCCAUUGGCUUUGUCAUGUGGUACCGGGAUAAGGUGGCCCCAGGGAAGGAGGUGAGGAAUGGGACCCCAGAGUUCAGGGGCCGCCUGGCCCCUCUUGCCUCGUCCCGCUUCCUCUGUGACCACCAGGCUGAGCUGCACAUCUGGGACACCCGAGGCCGUGAUGCUGGAGUCUACGUGUGCAGAGUGGAGGUGCUGGGCCUGGGUAUCGGAACAGGGAAUGGGACUCUGCUGGUGGUGGAGAAAGGGCCUCCUGGGCUAGGGGCCCUCACAGCCCUCCUCCUCCGGGCUGGAUUCUAUGCCUUCAGCUUUCUCUCCGUGGCCAUGGGCAGCACCAUUUAUUACCAAGGCAAGUGUGAGUCAUGGAGCCGUGACAAGGGCAGAAGAGAUGGAGGAGCAGCAAGAGAGCUGGAGGAGGGGGAGACAGAGACCAGGACGAGAAGGAGGGCUGCAGCACCCAGUGAUUCCGGCCACCUCAUGGCCAGCCACUGUCACAUGGGAAUACACUGUCACAGCUGGGGCGGCCUCUGCUGA